UUCACUGGGCUAUAACAGAAAGGAGCAAAGAACCCCAAGUAAUCUUUCACUUACGAAGACAAAGGAACUGAGCUCUUUGGACUUUGUGGGAGAUCCUGACCAAGGGAGAGGUCAGCCAUCUUGCUGGAAGGAGGACCUUGGAUAUUAGAUGAAUCAGUGGAAAUGCAUACAAGAGUCCUCUGUUCCAUUGGAGGAGAAAUGCAUUUCCGACAGAGAAUUUCGCCUUUGACUUCAGUGGGAAUAAGACUGGAUGAUACCAAGGCCACAUUGAACUCUACAUACAAUAUAUGGCAAAAUGCCCACCUUGCUCACAGGUUUAUGGUUUGAAGAUGGCUACAUUUUCAAAAACUGGCUCAGUUCAUCCUGGCUUUCUUUGAUAGGCUGCAGGAACAAAUCUGCACAGACACACCCCCUAGAACCCCGACCACAGGUAUUCUAUCUGCUACCCAAGAUCCAUAAACCUGGAAAUCCUGGAUUCCCCAUCAUCUCAGGCAUUGGCACCCUGACAGCAGGAUUGUCUGGCUAUGUAGACUCUCUCCUCAGACCCUACAUUACCAGCACUCCUAGCUAUCUUCAAGACACCACUGACUUCCUGAGGAAACUAUAAUCCAUUGGUGAUCUUCCAGAAAACACCAUCCUGGCCACUAUGGAUGUACACCAACAUUCCACACAAAAAUGGACUACAAGCUGUCAGGAACGGUAUCCCCAAUAAUGUCAAGGCAAACCUGGUGGCUGAACUUAGUGACUUUGUCCUCACCCACUACUGUUUCACAUUUGGGGAUGAUGUAUACUUUCAAGUCAGCGGCACUGCUAUGGGUACCCGCAUGGCCCCACAGUAUGCCAACAUUUUUAUGGCUGACUUAGAACAAUGCUUCCUCAGCUCUCGUCCCCUAACGCCUGUACUUUACUUGCGCUACAUUGAUGACAUCUUCAUCAUCUGGACCCAUGGAAAAGAAGCCCUUGAGGAAUUCCACCAUGAUUUCAACAAUUUCCAUCCCACCAUCAACUUUAGCCUGGACCAGUCCACCCAAGAGAUCCGCUUCAUGGACACUACAGUGCUAAUAAGCGAUGGUCACAUAAACACCACCCUAAACCGGAAACCUACUGACUGCUAUACUUACCUACAUGCCUCCAGCUUUCAUCCAGACUACAUCACACGAUCCAUUAUCGACAGCCAAGCUCUAAGAUACAACCGCAUUUGCUCCAAUCCCUCAGACAAACACCUACAAGAUCUCUAUCAAGCGUUCUUAAAACUACAUUACCUACCUGCUGAAGUGAAGAAACAGAUUGAAAGAGCCAGAAGAGUACCCAGAAGUCACCUACUACAGGACAGGCCCAACAAAGAAAGUAACAGAACGCCACUAGCCAUCACCUUCAUCCCCUAACUAAAACCUCUUCAGCACAUCAUCAAGGAUCUACAAUCUAUCCUGAAGGAUGAUCCCUCACUCUCACAGAUCUUGGGAGACAGGCCAGUCCUCGCUUACAGACAGCCCCCCCAACCUGAAGCAAAUACUGACCAGCAACCACACAUCAAAAACACUAGCCCAGGAACGUAUCCUUGCAACAAAGCCCUUUGCCAACUUUGUCCACAUAUUUAUUCAAGCAACACCAUCAUAGGACCUAAUCACAUCAGCCACACCAUCAGGGCUCGUUCACCUGCACAUCUACCAAUGUGAUAUGCCAUCAUGUGCCAGCAAUGCCCCUCUGCCAUGUACAUUGGCCAAACCGGACACUCUCUACGCAAAAGAAUAAAUGGACACAAAUCAGAUGUCAAGUAUUAUAACAUUCAAAAACCAGCCGGAGAACACUUCAACCUCCCUGGUCACUCAAUUACAGACCUAAAAGUCGCAAUUCUUCAACAAAAAAAACUUCAAAAGCAGACUCCAAUGAGAAACUGAAGAACUGGAAUUAAUUUGCAAACUGGACACCAUUAAAUUAGGCUUGAAUAAAGACUGGGAGUGGAUGGGUCAUUACACAAACUAAAAACUAUUUCCCCAUGCUAUUUUUUCCCCUACUGUUACUCACACCUUCUUGUCAACUGUUUGAAAUGGGCCAUCCUGAUUAUCACUACAAAUGUUUUUUUUUCUCCUGCUGAUAAUAGCCCACCUUAAUUGAUUAGUCUCAUUAGAGUUGGUCUGGCAACGCCCAUUUUUUCAUGUUCUCUGUAUAUAUAUAUUUUCCUACUGUAUUUUCCACUGCAUGCAUCUGAUGAAGUGGGUUUUAGCCCAUAAAAGCUUAUGCCCAAAUAAAUUUGUUAGUCUUUAAGGUGCCACAAGGUUCCUCAUUCUUGUUUCUUUAGAAUGAACAUUCCUGUAGGGCUAUUUUGACAACUAUAGUUUAAAUUAUAAUGAGACUAUUACUUAAUAAAAACACUGUAUUAG